GAAGGUCCACGCCAAGGUCAGAGGUCACACCUGCAACCCCACCACCACUCCCACCCUCAAGUCUGUCUCGCCUGACGCUAUGAUCCUCAGGUCCCUCCGAAUCCACCGCCACCAUAGAGACGACGCACUGACGCACGGCCUCUGGGCGGGGCCUGUGGCUGGAAAGGGGCGGCGCGCGGCGCAGUUGCCGGGGCAACCGUGGACCGCGCCUGAGACCCUCAGGGCUGCCUGGUUGCCGAGGCGACCGUUGGGCCGCGGCCGCGGCGGCUGCAGCGAUGGAGGGUCCUGGAGGCAGCUGAAACACCGCGUCGGAGCGACUGUCGCGACAAUGUCACACGAAGGCUCGAGGCAGGCGCGAGACCGUGGGGUGACCCGAUCCAAGGCUGAAAAAGCCCGGCCGCCCACCCAGCCAGUGCCGCAGGUGGACAUCGUGCCUGGGCGGCUCAAUGAGGCAGAAUGGAUUGCGUUUUUGUCCCUGGAGGAGGGCGAGGACGUAGUGGGUGACAUCUUGGCCGACCUUCUUGCUCGAGUCAUGGAGUGUGCCUUCAAAGUCUACCUGACUCAGCAGUGCGUCCCAUUCACCAUUAGCCAGGCCCGAGAGGCCAUGCUGCAGAUCACUGAGUGGCGCUUCCUGGCCCGGGAUGAGGGAGAAUCUGCAGUGGCCGAGGACCCCACGUGGGGCGAGGACCAGGAGCCCCUGGCAUGCACCACGGAUGCCUGGGCCCAGGGCUCUGUGCCUGUACUGCACACGCCGACACCCGGGGGUGCAGAGGAGCACUUCCAAGGCGAAGUAAGCCCAAGCCCCGAGCCUCCUUCCGACAGAAGCCUCCUCCGGAGCCGCUCAGGACCACGAAGUGAGGUCCUUCCCCCACUUCCAACAUCUCAUUACCCUUAUGUGUUUCCCCAGGAACCUGGGAACCCGGACCAGUUCCUUUUAGGUUCACCGUGGUCGGACAGAGACUCCCAGGAGCCAACAGCAUCUCCAGAGCCUUCUGCCGAGCCAAGAGUCACCCCAAGACCCACGCCCAACUUGGAGGUGUUUCAGGAAGUUGAGCCCGGGGAUGUCUUGGAAGAACCCGAUGACCAGGAGCAAAGCCACAUCUUGGCCACGUCUUCAAAAGAGGCUUUAUGGCCUAGUCACAUCUUGCCUUCGAAGGAGUCCUUACUGACUUCCUUGGAAGUGGUGCGGGUCCCCAGUCCCCAGCCUUCCCUGGGUCUGCCCCAAGUUGUCAGUCUCCAGGCCUCUGAGGAGAAGGGACCAUCCCUCGGCUCCCACCUGUCCCUCGAGGAUCUUUACCUCUGCGUGCCUCAACCAGACGCGGCAGGAGACCGGCUGAACCUCGAGAGCAGAGGCAUGCCCGGCGCCUCCUCGGACGGCUCUGUGCCCCUCCUCAGUGUGCCCACCCCAGAAGAGCCCUGCCGGUCGCCGCAGCCUGCGCAAAGCCGCAAGCCGCCGGUGGUGCGCCUGGAUCCCGCUCGGCUGCCCCGCCACUGGGUGCGCCCAACCGCCGAGGUCCUGAACCCAGACUCCGAAGCGCGCCCUUUGGAAAUAUACCGCGGGCGCCCGCGGGGUGAAAAGAGCCAAGCUGGGGCCCGAACCUCAGCUAGCGGGCCCCAAGCCCUCGGCUCACGCGCCCACUCUAAACCCCCCGUCUCUACCUCAAGGUUCCCUCUCCAGUGUUAUGCUCCAUUCAGUGCUUUGGGCCCCGAUCCCACUUUGAACUUGGCCCAAUCCUCACCAAGCUUCGGCUCAAAGAUGCCAUUCCUCAGCCCCGGGUUCCGGUUCCUCGCCAGAAACCCAAUCCCCCCCGAAGUCGCCCGCAGCCCCAGUCCCAAACUUUGGCCUCGGGCUAAGUGGCCGAGCGGCUGGGAGCGGGAGGCAGAGCAGCUGGGCGAGCUGUGGGCCGGUCGGACCCGCGUGCCUCCACAGGGCCAGGAACCUGCUGCCGAUGACGCCUCGGAGGACUCGGGAUGGCCCCUAGCGGCGCCCCAGGUCCUCGAGGCCACGUCCCAGGUUCUGUGGAAGCCCUUGGUUCUUUCAGACACCAUGAAGCUGACUCCUGGUGUGAGUAUGUGGAACCGGGGCACCCAGGAGCUGCUCAGCCCUGCUGCCACCCUGGAGGAGUGUGAGGGAGACACUUCCCAUGCGGCUGAGCAGCAACCCAUCCAGACAGGGGUGCCCAGGCCCCAGGUGAUUGUGACCCAGCUAAUAAAGAAGGAAACCCCCAAAGCCUGCCUGCUCCCAGACAAGCCUGUGCCCUACUCUGGGUCCUGAGCCUCCACACUGGGAACUGAGCCUUGCCCAAAAUAAAUAUGCCUUGCAGCAGGAACUGA